ACUGAAGUGCUGGAGACCAGAAAGGAAACCGAAAGUCUGCCGGACCUCUGGCCUGCCGGGGGCCCCGCCCCGCCCCGCCCGACCUCUACCCUGGUCCUGCGCUCCGCGCCCUCCUGUAUCUGCCCAGCGCUCAGCUGCCCUUCAGACGCUGCGGGACCGGCUCCAGGUCUGCCGUUUUCAUUAGCAUCUGCCACUUAGAGGUACCACAGUAAAGGAUAUUUGCUAUAUUUAAUAUUUUCCAGUUCAGGUUGGAGGCACGUGGCAAGAAUGGGUUUAGAAAAGUACCAGAUGCUUUUAGAGAGAAUGUCACAGUUGAUUUUGGAUCAAAUGGCAAAAGCUGAUUAUGACAGUCUGUUCAAUGAUUUUGUUGAGUCUGAGUUUUUUCUGAUUGAUGGAGACUCACUGCUGAUGACAUACGUCUGUGAGAAAUCCUUGCGGCCUGAACAGGGCCUGCACUUCUUCUACCUGGUUGAACGCUACCUUGUGGAUCUGAUUAGUAAAGGAGGACAGUUUGCCGUCGUUUUCUUCAAGGAUGCUGAGCAUGCGUACAGCAACAUCCCUGAAUUUCUUCCUCUGAGAAUGGCAUUAAUUCUCCACCUUCAGCAUAAUACCGACAUUGAUGUUCGGACAGACUUUUCUGGGUGCUUCUCACAAGAGUGGAAAACUUUCUUGGAAGACAGUUACCCGUAUUUUCUGAUCGUUGCCGAUGAAAGCCUGAGCCAUCUACAAGUACACCUUUUCAACUUUUUAAUCAUUCAGUCCUGGGCAAUGAAGGUCAAUGCUGUGCUCUUCUCGGGCCAAGCAUCUGAUGUCCUUCGACUUUACGCGUACUUUAUGCCGAGCAAGUACAGAAACCGGAUGUUUUUCCAGAAGAAUGAAAAGAACAUUGAGAAUGCUUAUAAAACCCUGAUUAAGCAAUUGGAGAAAUGUAGAGAUUUAGCAUUAGGACGUCUUUUUGGAAAUUUAAAAUGGAAAAAUAUGAUGGAAGAGGCAUGUGAAACUAUUUCUCUGCUUAAGCAACUGUGGCCGGAAGGAUCUGACAUUCGGCAAGUUCUUUGUGUUACUUCGUGCUCCUUGUCUUUGAGUUUAUACCAUCACUUUUUAGAAAACAGAUCGAAGACCACCGAUGCUCAGAAAGCUAACAUCCAACAGGCGGAGAGGAACUGCCCCACCCUGGAGGGGGUGACAGAUUGGUGUAGACUGCACUGUCUCAGCGUGGCGUUUCUCCUCCACUUACCUCUUUCCCAAAGAGCGUGUACCAGAUUCAUCACUUCCCACUGGAUUAAGGACCUUCAGACUUUCUUAACAAUGAAAAAGUGGUGUGAAUACUUCAUCCUAAGUAAUAUAGACGUUUUUGAAUCUUGGAAUCUGAAUUUAACUCACCUUUCCGACUUAAGUGAUGAGCUUUUAUUGAAGAAUAUAGCAUUUUACUAUGAAAAUGAAAGUGUUCAAGGGCUACAUUUGAGUUUGGGAAAUGUCAUUAUGAAAGAUUAUGAACAUCUCUGGGAUACUGUAUCAAAGUUGGUCACAAAGUUUGAUGUUGGAAAGCCAUUUCCUCUGAGAACAAAACAAUUUCCUUUUCUUAAAAAGGAUCCAUCACCAAUCAAAGAUACCUCCAAGGAAAAGAUGGCUAAUUUGGGUUUUAUUCCAGUGUCAUGUCAGGUGGUUGAUAAGUUUGCUGGGGACAUUUUGAAAGAUUUGCCUUUCCUAACGAGCGAUGAUCCUAUUGUAACUUCACUGGUCAAGCAGAAAGAAUUUGAUGAGCUCGUGCACUGGCAUUCCCACAAACCCCUUAGUGAUGAUUAUGACAGGACAAGGGGUCAAUUUGAUGAAAAAUCUAGAGAUCCUCGUCACCUUAGAUCUUUGCAAAUGUAUCAUCGUUUUCAACGAUUUUAUGGGGGGUCAUUAGAAUCAGUCUCUUCUAAAUUUGUUGUACCUCAAGCUAUCAAGCCAAAGAAGAAUUUCUGUGAACCCAAGAGCAAAAAGAUACAGGAGACCAAGGCUGAAAAAAUUACUAGAGAGAAUAAGGAGAGGCUAUUUGCCAAGGAAGAACAAAAAGAAGAGAAAAAAUGGAAUGUUCUGUCCUUUUCUAUUGAGGAGGAAAUGAAAGAGAAUUUAAACUCUGGAAUAAAGAACCUAGAAGAUUUUUUGAAAUCAUGUAAAAGUAGCUCAGUGAAAUUUCGAGUUGAAAUGGUGGGGAUUACUGCCUGCUUGAGAGCGUGGAAAGAACAUUGCCGUGGUGAAGGUGAAACCACAAAAGAUUUAAGUAUAGCUGUUCAAAUGAUGAAAAGGAUCUACUCCGUGAUGGAAAAAUACCCAGAACUUUUGCAAGAGGCAGAUCGGCAACUCAUAGCCAGAUGCCUUAGCUAUUUAGGAUUUGAGGAGUUGGCAAGUUCUUUGCGUCCAACGCAGGUCACAGGAAAUGACAUAAAGGAGAAGAAAAAGAACAAAUACUCAGUUGGCAUUGGGCCAGCUCGGUUUCUGCUGCAGUACAUGGGCCACUGUUUGGUACGAGAUGAGAGGAAAGACCCAGAUCCCAGAGUCCAGGACUUUAUUCCUGACACCUGGCAGCGAGAGCUCUUGGACGUCGUAGACAAGAACGAGUCUGCGGUCAUAGUGGCCCCCACGUCCUCAGGGAAGACCUACGCCUCCUACUACUGCAUGGAGAAGGUGCUACGGGAGAGUGACAAUGGGGUGGUCGUGUACGUGGCCCCCACCAAGGCCCUUGUCAAUCAAGUGGCAGCAACUGUUGAGAAUCGUUUUAACAAAAAUCUGCCAAACGGUGAAAGUCUGUGUGGUGUUUUUACACGGGACUACCGUCAUGAGGCUCUCAACUCUCAGGUACUUAUCACAGUGCCGGCCUGCUUUGAAAUUCUGCUGCUAGCUCCACAUCGCCAGGCGUGGGUGAAGAGGAUCAGAUACGUUAUAUUUGAUGAGGUCCACUGUCUUGGUGGAGAAAUUGGAGCAGAAGUCUGGGAGCAUCUCCUUGUCAUGAUCCGCUGUCCGUUCCUGGCCCUUUCUGCUACCAUCAGCAACCCGGAGCAUCUCACUGAGUGGCUACAAUCCGUAAAACGGUACUGGCAACAAACAGAGAGUACGAUGGAAAAAAAUAUUGCUUCUUCAAGAAAUGCCGGCUGCCGCGCCAGUUCUCACCAAGACUACUUGCUGAGGAAGCAGUCGUAUAAAGUGAGACUUGUGCUCUAUGCAGAGAGAUACAAUGAUUUAGAGAAGCACAUAUGUUCGGUAAACAAUCAUGACAUUUCCUUUGACCAUUUUCACCCGUGCGCUGCGCUGACCACGGACCAUAUUGAAAAGUUUGGAUUCCCUUCUGACCUGACCCUUUCACCUCGAGAAAUGAUCCAGCUUUAUGAUACCAUGUUUGAAUUCUGGGAAAGCUGGCCCAGGGCUCAGGAGUUGUGUCCGGAGGAAUUUGUUCAUUUUAAGAAUAAAAUAGUCAUUCGAAAGACGGAUGCUAGAAAGUAUGAAGAGAGCUUAAAGGCAGAACUGACAGGCUGGGUGAGGAGCGGUCACGUCAAGGAGGCCAGAAUGGUCCUGAGGAAUCUUCGUCCUGCGGUUGUUAGUUCAGAAAACAUGACAGUUAUGUUUCCAUUUCUCGUCGAAAAGCUAAGGCAAAUGGAGAAGUUACCUGCACUGUUUUUUUUAUUUAACUUAGGGGAAGUAGAGAAAAGCGCUGAAAGUGUGAAAACGUUCCUAGAGAUAAAGCAACAGAGCAGGAGGCCCCUCAAGGCUGAUAAGGAGGCCUAUGGCAUGGAGAACAAACUUCGAAAAGUUAGAAAAUCCCUUGAGACACAGAAGACAAUAGAUAAAAGAAGCCAGAAAAAUCCCAGAAAAAUGGAUCAAAGCCUAAUCCGUGGAGCUGAACAUGAUAAUCUCCUCAAGAGUCUCGAGAAGAACUUGGAGAUCCCUCAGGACUGCACAUAUGCUGAUCAGAAGGCCAUAGAUGCUGAGACUUUGCAGAGGGUGUUUGACCGAGUGAAAUUCUCAAGGAAAGGCGCCAAACUGAAGGCUUUGGCAGCAAGGGGAAUUGGAUAUCAUCACAGCUCUUUGAGCGCCAAAGAAAAGCAGUUAGUUGAGAUUCUUUUUAGGAAAGGAUUUAUUAGGGUGGUGACCGCUACAGGGACACUUGCUUUAGGAAUCAACAUGCCUUGUAAAUCUGUGGUUUUUGCUCAAAACUCAGUCUAUCUGGAUGCUUUAAACUACAGACAGAUGUCUGGACGGGCCGGACGACGAGGUCAAGACCUGGGGGGAGAUGUGUAUUUCUUUGAUAUUCCACUCCCUAAAAUCGAAAAGCUCAUCAAAUCCAACGUCCCUGAACUGCGAGGGCAGUUCCCUCUCAGCAUAUCCCUGGUCCUGAGACUCAUGCUUCUGGCUUCCAAGGGAGAUGACCCCGAGGACGCUAAGGCAAAGGUGCUGUCCGUGCUCAAGCACUCACUGCUCUCCUUCAAGCAGCCCCGGGCGCUGGAGAUGCUGAAACUGUACUUUCUGUUCUCCCUGCAAUUCCUGGUCAAGGAGGGCUAUUUAGAUCAAGAAGGUAAUCCUACAGGCUUUGCUGGACUUGUGUCACAUUUGCAUUAUCACGAGCCUUCUAAUCUUGUUUUCGUCAGUUUUCUUGUAAGAGGCCUUUUCCAUAAUCUCUGUCAGCCAACCAGAGAAGGCUCAAAACAUUUUUCUCAGGAUGUUAUGGAAAAGCUAGUGUUAGUAUUGGCAAAUCUGUUUGGAAGAAAAUAUCUUCCAGCAAAGUUCCAAGAUGCUACGCUCAAGUUUUAUCAAUCCAAGGUGUUUCUGGAGGAUCUCCCUGAGGACUUCAAGGCUGCUCUAGAUGAGUAUAACACAAACGUGACAAAGGACUUUGCCUCUUUCCUACUGAUUGUUUCCAAACUGGCUGAUAUGAAACAAGAACAUCAGCUCCCAUUGUCAAAAAUAGAUUUCUCAGGUAAAGAGUGUGAAGACUCCCAACUUGUGUCUCACUUGAUGAGCUGCAAGGAAGGAAGAGUAGCCAUUUCUCCGUUUGCCUGUCUCUCUGGGAACUCUGAUGGCAAUUUGCUUCAUCUAGAAACUUCAGACCAUGUCACUCUGCGCACCAUUGGCAUUGAUAGCACUCGGGCUCCUGUGCUGUGGCCACAGGGAUUUGAUCUCCAAGGAAGAAGAAUGCAGCUCAAUGCUUAUGCACUCGAUUUCUAUAAACACGGUUCCUUGACAGGAUUGGUCCAGGACAACAGGAUGAAUGAAGGAGCUGCUUAUCAGUUGUUGAAAGAUUUUGGGCUCACCAUUCGAUCUAUCAGUGUUUCUUUGCGUGAACUAUGUGAAAAUGAAGAGGACAACGUGGUCUUAGCAUUUGAACAACUGAGUGAAACCUUUUUUGAAAAAUUUAGGAACAUUUGAAAUCGAAGUCUACCCAAACUAAUUAAAAGAUUGCCUUGGGCAUUUUUAAAGUCAUAUUUUAUGAUUCUCAUGCUUUUUGUUGGGAAUACAUAUAUGAUGAAGUAGAAAGGGAAGGAGUUUGGAGUCAGGGUUCUGAUCAAACUUGCCCUGCUCUCCUGUGAGCAUCCUUGGAUGAAUCACUUAGUAUCUCUAAACCUUGGCUUCUUUGUAUCAUUUAGUAACAAUCGUUAUGUCUCAGCUAGUUUGUAGAUUGAUUGAGAAAUGCAAGGAUUUUGUAUGAGAUUGAAGAACAAUGUUUGCUCUGUGAGACCUAAACAAAUAUUACAUUCUCAACAAUUUUCUCCUCAAUGUUAUAAUUUGUAAAAAGUCUAUUAAGGCUAGAAUAAAUGAUUACAGUAUCCUGACAUUGAAAUAUAUUCUCUCUAAUUAAUUUAAAUGUGAUUCCAUGACUUAGAUAUGGCUGUUGGAAGAGUACCUUUUAGUGAACUUAAACUACUUUUUAUAAAACAUGAUGGGAGUUUUGGUAUAAAUUCCAUGGUGCUUUAAAUAAAACAUACCUGAUGAUUUGGCUUGAUUUUAAUUCUAUGUAAGUAACUG